CGAAACCAACAUUUCUGCUUCACAGAAACUCUGCAGCACAGCAAGGAAAUAACUGUAUGAACCCUGUCUGACUGAAUAAUGGAUGGAGUCAACCACCCACAGGCUGCAGGCUGAUAUCAUGGCUACGUCACUUUAUGCAGCUGAGGGAGGACGGGCGGGGUGGACAGACGAUGCAGCAGGCAGAACGAAGAGAGAGACCGAGAGAGAGAAACCUGCUGCAGAGAGGACAGACGGAUGAUAAUCAUGUCAGCCUCCUGGAAGCAGCUCCUUUUUCAGACCCUCCUGUUUGUCAUCUCCUGCAGACACAUCAAUACAAAGGAACCUCACCCAACGCCUGUGCCACUUCCUCCCAGCACCCCUCUCCCAUCAGUUGUGAAGAGUGUCGUCCUGAAAGGUGAGCGUCAGACUGAGACGAUUGAGGUAUUGAACCCCAUCAGUCUAACAUUAGAGUGCAACUGGACUGGAAAUCACAACACACUGCCAAACAUAACCGGGUAUUGGAAGAAAGACGGGCAGGAGAUUGAGAACAGCCGCGUCACAGUGCAGUUGGAGAACGAGCAGUACAAUCUCAAAAAAGAGUUCAACAUUGCAAAUGAAGAAGCCCUCGGAAAUUACUCGUGCAUAUUUGGAAGUGAAGCAAAGACAGAAUUUCAUUUAGCAGCUCCACGGAUAGAUGAUGUGAAGGAUAAGCCGAUGGUCAGCUAUGUGGGGGACACUGCGGUGAUUGAGUGUAAAAUGAAGAACAAAGAUAUAAACCCCAACACCUGGCACUGGUUUAGAGGAAAUAUUACAGAGAAGGAGAGGAUCAAUGUCACUGAUGGGCAGUAUGGAAUCAAAAACGAUGUGGGGAAGUCCAGACUGCUGGUGCACAAUGUGACGGACGCUGACGCUGUUGUAUAUCACUGCGGUGCGGUGUUCGGCAUCGGCACCACUCUGAGCCACGUGAAACUGAAGGUCAUCACUAUUUAUGAGCCCCUGAAGCCCUUCAUAGCCAUCGUGAUCGAGGUGAUCAUCCUGGUCGCUGCCAUCCUGCUCUAUGAGAAAAGUCGGUCCAAGACGGAGGACAAUGCGGCAGGAAACAGAGUGGACGCCGACCACACUAACGUGCCGACACAGGAAGAAAAUAACGGACAAGAGGGAAGUUCUUCAAUGAGGCAGCGCAAAGUCUGAAGACCGCAACAUAUUCUGCUUGUUUUUCAAAUGCGAAUGAUAAGAGCUUAAAAGCAAUAUCUAAUUUAUUCAAUCAAUUAUUUAGUCUAAAUAUUUCCUCCAAAGAAAGUGCAAUAACAACUGAAUAAUCCUUUUUUUUGGGGGGGGGGGGGGGUUGCAUAUGGCAUGUAGCCUCUUUAUGAAGCAGUUCUUGCCUAAUUGUCUUUUUCAAUGGAGAAAUAUUUCUUAAUUUAAUCAACAGUGGUGUCAUGAAAGCUAAAAGAGAAAAGAGUUCACCUUGUUUUGUUGUUUUUUUUAGCAUUGAGGCCUGAAUGUUCUCACUUCCUGUGGAGAAAAUGUGGUUGGUUUUUCACAUCACGAUGCCUCGCUAUGUCAAAAAGGAAGCGCGUAUCCUUCCUUUACAGGCAACAACUUAAACCUCAACUUCUCUUUUGUUGCAUUUCGGUUUGUGAGCAGUGCCUUACACUCUAAAAAUGAAUUUAACCAACCAUUCAUACUGUGCUUGAAAUUACUUUUUGUCACUUUAUUAGUUUGUCCUAGAAGUACUGCGUCUGACAUGAUGUCUACAUACUGUCAAACAAGACAUAUCAACACAUGUGUGGAUGUUUCUGGAUCUUUUUUUCAUGUUAAUGAAUCACAAAGCUCAUGUUUUCCCCCCCAAUCAUGACUUCAAGUGUGUCUUUAAUUGUCAACCUGCACUUAAGCUAAAUGUCGUCCCUCUGUAUAAGUAAACAAGCAGAUUAAAACUCCACAAAUCAC